AUGGCAUCCAUGACUCAUCAAUACACUUACCCAAUUCGACCACUGCCUAUCCGGCCCAGCCGUAUACGACCAUCAAGCAAGGAGCUCCAGUGGACUUCGACAUAUGACAAUGCAUUCAAUCGGUACAUGCAUGCCGAAGGACUGGAGACCGGGACGUGCAAUCCUGCAGCACUACUUGCAUAUCCUGAUGGAGUAGCGACUGAGGCAUCGCCAAUGGUCCCAAGUAUCUAUCCUGAGCCGUCAAGCCAGUACAACAGACUAUGGAGUGCGAAUUCGUUCGAUGCAAAGGACAUACAUGAACCGUCGCCAACUUUCAGCACCUGGAUAGGCGACGACAGCGAGCACAACUUACUAGAGCCUCUGGGAUCUGAACCAAUGGCCGGCUUCCAGAAUUACCACAACGAUCUAUCGAUGUCAGGACUGAGGAUAUCUUACGAUCCCACGCUUGCACCGUCACGAGUCGAAGAGACAGCACACGAGAUGUACAUUUCGACAGAAGUGGGCAGAUCUCGAAGAGAGUCACGCACAACAUCAAUCUCACGUCGUCAGCAACGGACACCUUCAUCGGGCACGCCGUCUCCUCGGCGUCGUCAACGGCGGACGACCUCAUCGAAAGGGCACAGUCGCAAGUCAUCCGGACAGUUGCAUAGUCCACGAGGAGGAUCGGGCAGUUUUGUGAAUUACACGCCAUCAGAUAGCGAGAAGUUGUUAACCGGAGUCGCGCCUUCUGGCAGUAGCAAGACCAAAGCGCGACGCGAAAGGGAGGCUGUGGAGAAACGGCGAAAGUUCAGCCAGGCAGCUCUGAAGGCGGUGGUCAAGGCAGGGGGUGACUUAGCGGAACUGCAAGACGCAGGGCUGAUGAUGGGAUAG